UUUGUUGAGAGGGAAACAGAAAAAAACUGAAAAUCAAACAGUGUGGAGUCUCGCCAUUUGGACCACCAUGGCCAGCCACUUCCACCGCUCAACUCCUCUGCCCCCCACCACCCAUUCAUUCCUUUCCAAGCUUCUCCUCCUCCUCACAAUCCUCCCUCUUUCUUUAGCUGUCUUGGCCUUCGUUCUCCAGUGGCGCGGUGGCGGUGUCUCCGAUCCCACCUCCGCCGUUUCCCGAUGGACCCCACGUGGUUCCCGCCGUGAGCUCUUUCCUGGAAUGGAGAAAUUAUCUUCUCUCCCCACCAAAAAUCAUCAUCAUUCUGAUUGCGUCGAUCUUGGUCGUAGCUCUUCUCCUUCUUUCCCUUACUACAGGGACUGGAAAUUUGGUUUUGAAGCCGAUUUAAGGCCAAAGAUUUGUAUUACAACAAGUACAUCAGCCGGCUUGGACCAGAUUCUACCAUGGAUGUUUUAUCAUAAGGUUAUCGGAGUCACAACCUUUUACCUUUUUGUGGAAGGACAAGCUGCAUCUCUUAAUGUUUCCAGAGUUUUAGAAUCUAUUCCUGGAAUAAAAGUUAUAUAUCGAACAAAAGAACUCGAGGAGCAGCAAGCUAAAAGCCGGAUCUGGAAUGAAACGUGGCUUGCAGGUUUCUUUUACAAGCCUUGCAAUUAUGAGCUAUUUGUAAAGCAGUCUCUCAAUAUGGAAAAUGCCAUUGUCAUGGCAAGGGAUGCUGGAAUGGACUGGAUAAUUCAUCUUGAUACUGAUGAAUUAGUAUACCCAGCUGGUGCAAGCGAAUAUUCUUUGAGGCAGUUGCUGCUUGAUUUGCCUAGUGAUGUCGAUAUGGUCAUAUUUCCUAAUUAUGAGAGCAGUAUUGAACGAGAUGAUAUCAAGGAUCCUUUUAGUGAGGUGUCAAUGUUCAAGAAGAACUAUGAUCAUCUUCCGAAGGAGACAUAUUUUGGCUACUAUAGAGAAUCGACUCGUGGUAAUCCAAACUACUUCUUGACUUACGGGAAUGGGAAAGCAGCUGCUCGGAUUCAGGAUGAGCUUCGUCCGAAUGGUGCUCAUAGAUGGCACAAUUACAUUAAAGCUCCAAAAGAAAUCAAAUUAGAUGAGGCUGCUGUUCUACACUACACGUACGCCAAAUUUUCAGCCCUGACAUCUAGACGUGACCGGUGUGCCUGCAAACCUACUAAGGAAGAUGUCAAAAGGUGUUUCAUGUUGGAAUUUGAUAGAGCUGCAUUUAUAAUUGCUUCAACUGCAUCGGAGGAAGAGUUGCUUCACUGGUACCAAGAACAUGUUGUUUGGGGCGAUAACAACCUUAAACUGAAGCUCCUGAGAAGGGGGAUUUUAACUCGCAUAUACAUUCCUAUGGCCAUAAUACAAGGUUUAAAGGAGUCCGGGGUGUUCAGAUCAGUGAUUGCAAAUGCACCCACAACUGUUUCAAGGGACAAGUUCUUAUCAUCAAUUGAUAACAGCAACUCAUCAAGAACAGUGUCUUUUGCUUCAAGAAAGAUUGGUGGAGGCGGUGAGAAGCAGGCAUCUGGUAGGAAGGUACUGGGAAUUGAAGCAGCUGUUCCACCAUUGUCACCUCCUGUAUUGUAGAUGUCUCUAUUUCAAGCAAUUU